UCUCUUCACUUCCUGUAAAAACUUAUGCUCAACAGAAACAGCUACAUGUGAAACACAGACAAAACCCCCGGAACACUACCUCAGAGGGGUGAGAAAAUAGAUAUCCCUCUCAAACCCCUCAUGAAGACUUUUCCUGACUGAAAGAGAUGGCGUUGUAGCCACUCCUCUACCACCACUCCCAUCAAAUGACCCUCCCCUACUCACCCGACAACCUUCACACUUUGCCACUUUUUGGCCACGAACAAACUUUUCUCUAACCUCUCUGUCCGUCAGUCGUGCAUCAGGCUUCAAACCUGUUGGCCUUCAGACUGUCAUGGCUGCCCUGGCCGCCAGUGGAAUACACCUCUACCCAGUGAAUGACUUUGACCAAAUAGUGGCAAUCAGAGCGGAGAGACAUGAAAACCUGCGAGGACGUAACAACGUGACCUCGUGUCGCAGCCCUACGAGGGGGUUAAACACAAGAUUGAUAAAGGAUGAGCUGAAGAAGAAGAGGCAGCAGGAGUUUCUGAAGAGGAGAUCAGUGAGCCCGGAGCAGAGUGGUUCAAAGUCAACAAACCGUUUUUCCAAGACCAAACUUUCAACGCUAUUUUCAAUGGCACAUCGCAGCACAACCAGCGAGUCAGAGACAUUUUAUACAAAUAUUCAAAAUACCCCCACAGCUAAUGGACAUCCAGUGAUGAUUUUAACGCCACACAGCAGCGUAACUGAUGGCCCGAGCACCAGCAACUGGGCUUCGUCAUGGUCAGAACAGGCACCACUGACGAGGCAAGAGAAAGGCCAGGCAAGGACGCAAGCAACUACCUCCUCAAACCAGCACAUGAAAAGCACAGAAAGGAGAGAGAAUAGAGCUCAAAGGACAAGCAUCACGACGUCCUUCCAGACAGAAAGGAUUCACCAGAAAGUCUCCGUCCAAACAGAAAAGACUGUCCAAAAAAGGAAAGUGCGUGAGACCAGUGUGCAGACAGAGGCUGGACUGGUCACUGUCAAGGAGUCUGAUGUUCAGCUGUUGGCCGACUGCUUGCAGGAGGCCCUGUGGAGAGAGGAGACGGUGAAGAAGAAGCUGGCAGCCCUCCAGGAGAGCGUGUCAAACCUGAUGAACUCAUCCAACAAAAUAUGGACAGCUCGGUGCAGUGAGGACCUGCUGAGAAACAAGAUAAAGGCUCUGGAGGCGCAGCUGCAAGUCUGUCUGCAGAAGUUUCCCAAGGAUGGAGUGAAGAAGCUGGUGAUACAGAUGGAGAAGCAGCAGCUGGCGUAUGAGGAGAAGGCUCUGGUCGCCCUGCAGAAGGUCACACAGGAAAAAUCCGAGGCGCUCAGCAAGGCUGAGACGAUGAAGGAAGCGCUAGCUAAAGCAAAGGCUGAGGCACUGAGAUGGCAGAUGCUUUAUAAGGAGCUGAAGCUGAGCUCCGGACAACUCAGGGAGAACCAGCUCCUCAGUGACGAACAGCUGCAGCAGCUGCACAGCCAAGUGGAGCUGUCCCGGGCCGGAGAGGCCGAGCUGAGGGAGGAGGUGGUGUCAUUAACACAAGAGAAGAAAGAGCUACAGUACAACAUUUGCCUGCUGGAAGAGGACAACCAGAUGUUAAGAGAGGAAAUCCAGCACCUCAGAGAUGGCAGCAAUGAGAGCGAGGACUUCAUCCUGCAGGGGCGCCUGGUGUCAGAGGAGGCAGAGCCACAGCUGACGGUGAGGAGGGACUCUCAGGUGGAGGAGCAGCUCCGUCACACUCAGGAGAAACUCCGACUCAAAGAGAGAGAGUGCGAGGAGUUGCAGACAGAGUUGCAUGCCAUGGAGCAGGAGUGCCAGUCCAGCCAGGCCCGGCUGUCGCAGUGCAGGGAAGAGCUCCGGCAAGUCGGCCAUCGUCAGCGAAGACCGACUCCAUGUUGCUCCUGGUGGAAGGUGUGGAUGUUCUUCCUUCUCCUCCUCGUCGUGGCGCAGGUUGCCAUGUUGUGGCUGUGGUAUCCUCCUUUCAGGGAGCAAGCUGAAGACCUGUACUCAGACAUAGAGACACGCAUCAAAGACUAUCUCAUGGAAAUGGCCUCUCCUCUACAUUCAGGCUGUUUUAGACCAAUAUGACAAUCAGGAGUAUUAUUUAUGUUGUGUUAGAUUUGCAUUUCAUACAGUUUUAGAAAUUGGAACUCUAGAAUGUGUGUGUGAUGUAAGUUAACGUUGUGUUUGAAGUGUGGGAUGUUUGCAGAAAGUUUACUUCAAGUGUAAAAGCUCUAUCAGCUCACACGUUGGCUGAUGUUGAUGAAAUCUUCAGACAAUGUGAUUUGAUGAUAAUAAAAAACAGUCAGAAGUAGAAAAAAGGAAGUAUCCUUUGUACUGUAAACAGCAUUUUUAGUCAAAAGCAUCACCUCAAAUUAUUAAAGACAAAACUUGACAGUAGUAUUUCCAGCUGUUGUAAUGGAAUGUGUAUCAGUGCUAUGAGCUAUUUGGGCGUUGUUUACUGUGGCAGUUAAACACUCAAUAGAGGAGCCAUUAGUGUUUUAUAUUAUAAUAAAUAAAUAAAUAUUGUUAUUUUGACACAUCA